CCACUUUUCUUUCCUUACGCAAUCUGACAAACUCCACAUGAACCCUGCAAUAAAAGGUCCUAACACAUUAUCUUGUCCACAUGGAAGCCAAAGAAAAUGACCCCACUACAGAUAUGACCCCAAACAUUCACACUGGAUCUGUCCCACACAUUCUACCCCUCAAGAAAAUGAGCAAAAAUUUUCGACUGCCUGUUUCAUCAUUGAUUUUCUUCCUACCAUGAAUAACAUAUAUUCUAUUCCUCGUUUGCUCUUUUCCCGGUUUCACAAUGACUAGUUAAUUGCAAGGGGCAGCCUUUAUAUAUAUUUCGCAAACCACAGAUCCCUGAAACUCUGGCAUCCAUCAUCAAGAUUCAAGCGCUUGCGUCUGUGUUUACUCUUUUCCCUGAUAAAGCCAAAGAUAGACAGAACUCUCAUUUCCUUUUGCUGCUGUGAGUUGUGAGAAUAACCAAAAGAACAUUUCUUGGGUCUGCAUCCUUCCCUUUUUCCUCACAGUUUACUCGCUCUGGUAUCCAUUUUCUUGAAGCACAAAAUUGGCAGGUGCCAGGUGGGGAACAGGAGGGAUACUGAUUAACUUUUGGGUCCAUUGUGUUUUUCUUCUUUGUUAUAUAUCAUUCCUGGCGGAAGUGGAAUCACAGCGUACAUUGUCUGCACUAUUUGUUAGCUUCAGAACCCAGAUUCGAGUCGUACAGCCUCUCCAGUCAUUGCUCUAAUGAUUUGAAGCACUGUAACUCUCAUGUCUGUUACCCCCUGCACUUCAACCCUUCUCUGUUUCUUCUGCUGCUGCUGCUGCUUUGCCUCGCAUAUUACAUUCCAAACCGCAGAACCUCGUAUAACUUUACCCUUGACACAAACAAAAGAGAAUUCCUUCUUUAGAAUGUUGUUUUCACUGGAAAGAAUCUCAAGCCUGAAGCAAUUCUGCUUUGCAUGGAACCCCUCUAAAAUUUGAUAGUCAAGGAUCGAUUCAAAUAGCUAGACAAAGAAGUAAAUGAACACAGCAAAGCCCAAAAUUUUCCGUAGUCUGACUUGAAGAAAGAAACAGAGAUGUCUGCAAAGAUUCUGCCUCGUUCCAAGGAUGAAAACAGAGAUCUGCAGAAGCAGAUUGGAUGCAUGAAUGGGAUCUUUCAGCUCUUUGACCGCCACUACUUCCUCGCUGGUCGACGCUCCGCUGCCCAUCAUCACAAAAGGCUGCUUCCAGGUGACAGCAGCGGCGGGGAGGCCAAGAAUGCAACAGAGAAGACAACUGGAUCAAAAUUGGAGGUUGUGCAAGACCAACCACGAGUCUCCACUGAAUCGCUUGGAACCUCCUUUUCAUCCUCUUCUUGUUCAUCUACAUUUUCUUCGCUUGAUCAUAGCAGAACACUUCAGUGCAGACCACCUUCUUUCACCCAAAAUAAUCUUCUUGAAAGCACAAACGAAAUACCUGUGAAACGACAAAGUUCCUCGUUGCAUUUCAGCCAGCAAUCCCCUGAUAUCCGAGAUGUUGUAAAGGACUCCAUGCAAAGAGAACAUCGGCGAAUAUCAAUUAAAACUGCAGCUAGAGAAGAUGGAAGAGGCCGCACAUUGAAGCAUAUUGACUCACCAAGGCCUUUCCAGCAGCCCAAAACUGUACAACCCAGAGUUGCAGAGUUUGACAGCCGCAGUCUGGCUAAGCUUCAAGAUUCUCCGUGUAUUUGCAAGGAAGAGAGCGAUGCUUCUCUGCGCCAGGAGCGAAAGGAACCGCCUCGAUUCUCCUAUGAUGAAAGAGAGACACGAAAUAGAUUAAAGUCUGCCACGAAGCUCAAAGAACUACCUAGGUUGUCACUGGACAGCAGGCAAAGUUCCUUGAGUUCUGCCUCUGAACCAAGGUUGAAUUUCCUCUUGAGGGAACUGCGAAAAGGGGAAAACGUAAUUGCCAGCAAAAUAGUCGAUGCCUACCAAGUACCAGGAAGCAAUAAGCGAGCAUCUGGUGUUGUUGCAAAGCUCAUGGGUUUGGAAGCUUUUCCAGAUUCCGUUUCCAAUAAUGAGGGUGAAACCAUAAAAGAUAAUUCGUGCCAUGAUAAGGAUUUUUUCACAAAAUCUUCAAAAGAAUCCGACAAAUGCAAGAAAAAUCCACUACGAAUCCAACAGAUGGUGCACAAGGAUCCCGCUUCACCAGUAUCCAAAAAUGGCAGCUUGGGAAUUCAACCUACUUCCAGUCCAAGGUUUCCUCUAGAAACAGCAUCCUGGAGGCAGCCCAAUGCCAUUAACGACUCUCCAAGAACAGGUCCAGGUAGUUGGAAUAGUUACAGAGACACUCCACGGACAUCCUCUUCAGUUUACGGUGAGAUUGAGAAAAGGAUAAGUGAACUUGAGUUCAGGAAAUCAGGCAAGGAUCUCAGAGCUCUUAAGCAGAUACUUGAAGCAAUGCAAAACACAAGGAUGAGGUUAGACAACAAAGAAGGAGAGCAAGCUGACUUGAGGUCUGAAACAAGCAGAUACAGCUCAGAUUACAGCUGCUGCAGUGAUCUGGAUUCAACAGCAUUUAAGUGCCAAAGCAACAAGAUUGACCAUUUGGCUUCCAAGAAGGUGACUAGUUCUCCAAAGAGGUUCAACUCUUCAAUUUUGAUAACAAAACCAGCCAGAACUAUGGGCGAUGGCAGGAUUUCAGGUACGUCAGUGGUCCCUGCUGAUGCGCCACAUCUCCCAAACCUCCGGACUCGUGAAACUCUAUACACUAGAAAAGAUUCAGUUUGUAAACUGGCAGCAAAAGAUCUAACACCAAAGAAAACUACCCCCCAAAACCCACAUCAUUGUAAAUCUUGCACAGACAAGAAGAUCAAUAGUAAGAUUCCAAAAGUAGUGCAAACAACAAGAGCACCUCAGCUGGCAAAGGUAGAAAACUACGUUGCCUUUGGGAGGAGUUCUGGUUCUGUGAGUCCAAGAUUCCAACAGAAGAACCAUGGGAUUGUAACACAACCUCAUCUGACAACUCCAUCCCCUGAAUUGGAAAAAAGAAGAGGCAAACUCAUCGAACCAGAUUCAAGUAGUAAACUCAGACCAAAAUCAACUUUGCACCGCCGUAAGGACAGAAUAAGCUGUACUACUGGCAACAAAGAAUUCAGUCACCAAGGUGAUACAGCUUCUAUACCAUCUGAAAGUACCAGUAGCUUAGCCUCCCAAACUGACACAGAAAUUACAAGCACAGGAUCUUCUACUGAGAUCAGAACCAGACGGAAAGCAGACCAAAAAGAAAGGAAUGGUGCAGCUAGUUUAGGUGAAGACAUGCCACUCGCUGAACUCAUAAUAGUCCCAACUGAACAACCGAGUCCAGUCUCUGUUCUGGACGCAACAUUCUGUAGAGAAGAUUCACUGUCUCCUGUGAAGAAGAUAUCAACUGUUUUUCAAGAUUACAGGACUCCAGAUCCUGAUGAAGCAGAAUGGCAUUAUCUUGGUGAUGGGUUCAAUCAGAAGAAACUAGAGAACCUAAAGCAAUUACUUCAUAAGCUCAGAUUGCUGAACACAGUUCCUGAUGAAGCUAGCACAUUUGAAUUCGAUUCUCUCAGCGAGAGACCUAGCCCGGAUCACAGAUACAUUACCAAGAUAUUACUAGCGUCGGGUCUCCUUGAAGACAUAUGUACAGUAUCAACAGAUAUUCAGCUCCAUUCAUCAGGCUAUUUGAUCAAUCCUGAUUUGUUCCAUGUACUGGAACAAACUGAGGAAAACACCAUGUCAGCAAAUGAGGAACACAGGCGGAGCAAUGCUCCUUUAAAGCUUGAUCAGAAAAUCCAUAGGAAGUUGGUAUUUGAUAUUGUAAAUGAAAUUCUUAUACGUAAAUUAGCUCCAGAAAGUUCCUUCAUGCAAAGAAAGAGAAACGGGACUGGGAAGGAGCUUCUGAGGGAGCUAUAUUCAGAGGUGGAUCAUAUCCAAGCAAAAACUGACUGCAGCCUAGAUAAUGCUGAUGAAACCACCUGCAUCUUAUAUAUGGAUAUGAUGCAACAACGUGAUGACUGGGCAGAUUACCCAAGUUUGAUUCCAGCAGUGGUGUUGGACAUGGAGCGACUCAUUUUUAAGGACCUGAUAACCGAGGUAAUUACUGCUCAGGCUUUGGGGCAGUGUGAUUGGACUGGAAGGCAAUGUAAAACCAUUUACUAAUGAGUAGUUAAUCUUGUGUUCUUUUCUUAACAUUCUCUUUCUUCCCCACCAUUAAUGGGUACCAUUGCUUGCAACUUCUCACAA